AUGAUAAAGAAGUUGAGUCUCGAAGAGCCGUUGAAGAAGAUGAAGACUUCAAGACUUCAAGACUAUGAACUUAAAGGCAGUUCUUUGUCAAUUCAGCUGAUAGAAGCAAAAGCAGGCGAAUGUUAUACCAGAAAGAAUUUUGAGAUUUUUCAAAAAGAGUGGAUACAAGCUACUAGCAAUCUAACUCAUGAGACAAUAAGCAAAUGUACAGAAGAAAUCAAAUAUUGGGUUGGGCAACUGGAUGUUGAUAAAACACACUGGAGAGUUGUCAUCUUUCGUCUCAAAGAUAAAGUGAAUGUCACAUGUUCCUGUGCAAAAUUUGAAGCAUAUGACAUAUUAUGCAAGCACUAUUUAUAUGUGAUCAAGAAGAGACAUGCUCAAACCCUUCUGAAUCAUUAUAUUUUGCCUAGGUGGUCACUUGAUGCUAGAUUCAAAGUGGAUACUCGUAGCAUUGGAUUGAACAAAAUGAAAAAUGAAAAGGAAGUUAGUGCCUUAACCCUAUGGUAUGUGUGUGCAAACAGUACCAAAGCAAUCGAACAUGCAACAAAUUCCCCUUCAAAAAUAAGAAAACUCAAUACUUUGUUGGUAAAGUUUUUAGAAGAUGAAGUUAUUCAGAAAAAUCUGAAUGCACCUGAAAAUCCAUCUCAACAUUCUUGUGCGGGAAUUACUCAAGUAGACACAAUGCCUCAAUUUUCUAUUCGGGAUCCUGCUAUUCUAACUAAUACGAAAGGGCUUCCUAAAAAUGCAACCACGAUUAAGUAUUCUUUAGAGAUGGUGAAGAAAAAAAGAAGAACUUGUUCUCAUUGCAAGGGAUUAGGUCAUUAUGCAACUGGGUGCCUAAUGAAAAAGUAUACCAUUCUUGAAAUCUCUACAGUCAUAUUUAGCAGCCUGCAUCAUACUUUCAAUGUUUUUCUAUUAUGA